ACAUUCUCCAAACUUUCUUCUUCUUUUGCCUUCAUAUCUAAGCCUGUGACUUUGAGAGGGUUUAAGCAGUUGUAAAACACCAUUGUUCUGCCGCAUCGCUUCCUUCAGCUCGCCAAAUUAUCGCCACGUGGACACAAAAAUGUAUAGAAGCAGAGCCACCACAUUCACUGCCAAAUCUCUGAGAACUCUAACAAAGGUAUGCAGACAAAAUCACCAUUUAGAAUCAUUAAAGUUCGUAACUUUUUCUAGAAAUCGCAGCAGUGCUACUCAAAUAUCUGAGUUUGAUAACUAUAGAGAGCAAAACCCAGUUGGCGUUUUCAAUCAUAACUCAAAUAAUACGAAUUCUUUGAACCCUAGGCUAAACCCUAAAGCUGAAUUUCAAGAAUCAGCUAAUGGUGCUAGAGGUUAUUUUUCCAAGGAUACCAUUGGGUUUCAGCAGGACCCACACCGUCAAAAUGAUAACUUUUCAUCAAGAAAAGAUUUUCAGCAAACUGUUCGGCCAAAUGGGAGUUUAUCCUCAAGCACUAAUGAUUUCGGGUCACGAAAGGAAUAUCAAAGUAAUAAUUUAGUCCAGCAUAAUAGAAGUGAUGCUGGUUACAAAGGUGAAAAUUCAUCGAAUGUGCUGCAUAGUUCCAGGUUUGAGGGACGCGUAGAAGCUCAGCCGAGUCAAACCGGAGUUUAUGGACACUAUCAACAAAGUUUAAAUGGUUAUUAUGGUGGGAACAGUGAAAUGUCACAGCAGAGUAUCAGUGCCAAUUACACGAGAAACAUAGGAGUGCCUCAUCCCAGUUAUAACCCUGGAAAUGUAAGGAAUGUUCAAGCAGGAAAUUCUGAAAUGUAUCCACAAAGUGCAAGUGCAUAUGAUAUGGAAAGGCAUACGAAUUCGAGUGGUUACUCAAGGGAGAUGAUGGGACAAUAUCAGCAAAAUGUAAGCGGCUUUAACCCUUCUAGUACUGGACAUCAAGCUUCUUAUCAAUCUCAGAAUGGAAUAGUAGGCAAUCAAGAAAUGAGAAGUUCAACACCUAUUGAACGGUCAAUUGAUUCUGCUGAUAGCAGCGUUAAAAAAGGCUCAACUGACGAGCUCGAUAACUUUUGUAAAGAAGGCAAAGUGAAGGAGGCAGUUGAAGUUUUGCAUUUGUUGGAGCAGCAACAUGUCACAGUCGAUUUGUCUCGAUAUAUAACAUUAAUGGAUGUCUGUGGUGAGGAUAAAUCCCUUGAGGAGGCUAAAUCAGUUCAUGAGCACCUUGUGAGAUCUCAUCCUCAUCUUGACGUCAAAACGUACAAUAAGAUUCUUGAAAUGUAUGGUAAAUGUGGCUCCAUGAAUGAUGCCUUUUCGGUGUUUCAAAAAAUGCCUCAGCGUAAUCUGACUUCUUGGGACACGAUGAUUACUUGGCUUGCUAAGAAUGGUCUUGGAGAAGAUGCAAUAGAAUUGUUUGCAGAAUUCAAGAAAACCGGGAUGAAACCUGAUGGCCAAAUGUAUCUGGGUGUCUUUCAUGCUUGUAGUGUUGUAGGUGAUAUAGUCGAAGGCAUGUUGCACUUAGAAUCAAUGAUUAAAGAUUAUGGUAUUGUUCACUCCAUGGAGCAUUAUGUGGGAGUGGUAGAUAUGUUGGGAAGUACAGGAUAUCUUAAUGAAGCGAUAGAGUUCAUUGAAAAAAUGCCUAUAGAUCCAAGUAUUGAAGUAUGGGAAACCAUGAUGAAUCUCUGUAGAAUUCAUGGGGACUUGGAGCUUGGGGAUCGUUGUGCUGAGAUUGUUGAACUCCUAGAUCCAUCUCGUUUGGAUGAACAGUCAAAGGCAGGUUUUUUAGCUGUAAAAGCAUCAGAUAUUGCUAAGGACAAAGAAAAGAAAAAAUCUGCUCAAAGUCUUCUUGAGGCUAGAAGCAGAGUCCAUGAAUAUCGAGCAGGAGAUAGAUCACAUCCCGACCAUGAGAAGAUAUAUGAAUUGCUUAGGGGUUUAAAGCAGCUAAUGAAGGAGGAUGGUUAUAUACCAGAGAUUAAGUUUGUGUUACAUGACGUAGACCAAGAAACUAAAGAGGACGCUUUAAUGGCUCACAGCGAGAGACUUGCUUUUGCUCAAGGUCUUAUGAGUAGCUCUGCACGAUCACCAAUCCGAAUAAUAAAGAACCUACGUGUCUGUGGUGAUUGCCAUAAUGCAUUGAAGAUUGCUUCGAGGCUUGUUGGUCGGGAAAUUAUCAUGCGAGAUGCUAAGAGGUUUCAUCAUUUAAAAGACGGAUUGUGCUCGUGUCGGGAUUACUGGUGAAGAUACCAACCUUCAGAUACCCAAGAUGUAGGUUCAGACCCAGAGAAUGCUCUAAGGACAUGACACCUAUCAUUUGUUGAAUUCCUUCGGAACAUGUUCAGUUUCCCGCUCAUUAUUAUGAAGACUAUCCACUGAUGGCCUCUCUUCCUAUCCUGGAGAAGCUACGGGUUUCUUACUUUCUUUAGAGAUGUAAAAAGUUGGUACACUGCAAGAAAAUUGACCUUUCAACUAAACAAGUUUUGCCCAGUAUUAAGCCCAUACUAUAUAUUAGUUCUCCCCGUCGAACUCAUGCAGUAGUUAAUAAUAUUAAAACAUGAUGUUAUUUUUUUCUACCUGCGAGAACUUUUAGUCCAUAGACUUCAUGGAUAAUACCAAAACUGCUAUGGUGUUUCAAGCAUGUUGUAUUAUGAUUGAGAACGUUAUGGCACUUUAAAUCACCUAUGUGCUAAGGCUGCUUACUAUAUCUUCUCUCUGUUCUCUCUGUGUUUACAGAACAUGAGUUUCUGCGGUUCCCUUUCUUAUAGUGAUUUGUUUGGUGGUGCUAGCAGUUUUAUCUUAAACUUUGGUUUAUCUCAUUUGUUUUUCUUUGUUGUUACAUGUUAAUUCCGGCAUUGUACUGCACAAAUGGAAUAAGUAUCUUUUUGUGCCUCCCCCCUGCAACUUCAAACAAAGUCAAAAUGUAUCUGAAUAUCCUAUAGGGGCUAUAGCUGUAAUUAUGAGAAGCACAAUGUACUUUUGAUGGUUGCUUAGAUACCUCACAUAUGCAAAUAAGUUCAAUGGAUCAAGUAAUAUUUGUGAGUACUGACUCUUACGUGUCAAGUUUGCCAACUGACCAUAUUUCUGAGGCCAUCCUAAUUGUCUAAAGAUGUAAGAGACAAACAUGGUGUGUUGGAAGGCUAAAUUUGCGGGAUUUGAAACUAUAUAGUUGAACUAAGUGGUAAGAACUGUUGGGAUGAAAAACACAUUAAUGUUUCUUAUGUUUUUUUUUUUUUUUUUUUUUU